CGACUGUCAUCUGUCGUCGCGAGAAGAAGCCGCUGGGGGCGUCUGCGCUGACAAACGGAAGUGUUGGUGACGGUCUGAGAUAUCACCGCCAAACUGGGAACCGGGGAGAUGGCCGAGACUGACCCCAAGACCGUGCAGGAUCUCACCUCGGUGGUGCAGACACUCCUGCAACAGAUGCAAGAUAAGUUUCAGACCAUGUCCGACCAGAUCAUUGGAAGAAUUGAUGAUAUGAGUAGUCGCAUUGAUGACCUGGAGAAAAACAUCGCAGACCUCAUGACGCAGGCCGGGGUGGAAGAGCUGGAAGGGGAGAACAAGAUACCUGCCACACAGAAGAGCUGAAGGUUGCUAAUUUACACUGAAAUCCGGAACAUUGGUUUUACAAGCCAGGAGAAGACCAAAUGGCUCUUUGCAACUAAUUACUAUGUGUAGACAGGUUUGAUAUUGUAAAGUGUGCGUUCUUCUCAUCACAUACUAUAUAGUUAGUUGAUAGAGUGAUCCCACCCCGUUUCUCAAACUUGAUAACUUCACAUCUUGGAUCUUGGUCAGCUGUGCUAUUAAAUAUUAAACACUAAAACUUUGGCGGUUCCUACAUAAAAUUGUCAAAAUUUUUAGUGUAUUUUUGUGAAAUCAUUUUUCUUCUAUCAGUUCUUUUGUAGUAGUUGCUGUUUGAUAAACGUUGCUGUGUAAUUUUUUUCCUAUUAGACAUACAGUAUGUUAUUCUGUUAUAAUUAGACUUCGUGAAGUAAGACACUUGUUGAGUUUGGGGUUCUUUAAUUGUGCACAGAGUGACUGUUGAACUAACACCAAACAGUAUGUUGGUGGUCCUUUCGAAUGGUUAAAGACAUUUAAAAUUGUUUAUUGAGAAAUGCCUGGCACUGCUCUGUUGCCAAAACUCGAACUUAGAUUUUGUGUCUAAGUCUUGGAAGUCAGAUGCUAGAGUAAUGAAUAGUGACCACUGCCCCUUUGCUGUGAGAAUUUUUAAAUAUGAAAGACAACAGAAUUGCCUGAUGUAAUGAGGCAUUCAUUAGUUAGAGUUCUGCAUGAGAUCUGAAUACUUGAGUAGGACCUUCUUACAUUGUUCAUCUACAAUAGUUACCAUAUAAAAUCUGGCAGGAUUUUAAAACUCAGUUACUCCAUUUUUUCUUUGAGCUCCUGAUUGACUGGAAAAAGAAACAGAAAAGGAAAAGAAACAAUAUUAACUCCAGACCAGUUGCUUCCCUAGAAAAUUAUAAAGGACUUGUAGUAGGCUCAAGUUUUUUAAGAAAUACUGUUUCCUUAAACUAUUUCUUACCUACAUUCUUGCAGAGUAAUGGCUUUAUUAUUGAUCUUAGAAGCCAGGGAUUGUAACUCUGCUGCUCACAAAUGUACUGUCAGGACUGCUAAGCCUAGAGGCCAGGGUUGGCUGGGAAGGAAAUCCCAGCCGAGACUGACUCAGCAAAGUGAUUUUGCACAGAAAAAAAAAUGAAAAAGUUAAGGCACAGUAUAGUGCCUCAUGGAGGAGAACCCUUCACGAACACAGUUUGAUUUUCUAAAAUUUUUCUAUAUAACCAGUCUUGAUUGUUUAUAUUACAAAUAUAUAAUAAUAUUAAGAACUAAUUUUUCCUAUUUAUAAAUUAUAUGGAGAACAUCAAGGAGCACAUUUCUUCUGUGAUAAAAUGGAUUAACCCCUAUUAUUACCCAGCUGCGAAAACUCCUUUGAUGGGCCAGUAGGUUGUGCUGCAAAGUUUAGCCCUGAAAGCCCGAGAGCCUCCUGGACUCCAGCCGCGCAGCCGCAGCCGGCACCUCCUGUGUGCAGGGUGUCUGCGAGCCUGAGCCUCCGACAGGGCGACUGGAGGUGGUGCGGGGGGGAGGCUGGUCAGGACUGAGGGAGGGGCUGGCUUCCUUGAGUGCUGGAAAGGCCCCUGAGGCACACUCCCCCGACCAAAAAGUUCUGCCAUGAAUAAAGGUGCCUGAAAUCCUGCUAUUGAA